UGGCAGCGGGUGGCGGCUGUGGCAGGGACGUGCUGCCAGCUGGAGACCACCAUGACAGACUCAAAGUACUUCACCACCACAAAGAAAGGGGAGAUAUUUGAGCUGAAAGCUGAGCUGAACAGUGACAAGAAGGAGAAGAAGAAGGAGGCAGUGAAGAAGGUGAUCGCCUCCAUGACCGUCGGUAAAGAUGUCAGCGCUCUCUUCCCGGACGUGGUGAACUGCAUGCAGACAGACAACCUGGAGCUGAAGAAGCUGGUCUACCUCUAUCUGAUGAACUAUGCCAAGAGCCAGCCAGACAUGGCCAUCAUGGCAGUCAACACCUUUGUGAAGGACUGCGAGGACCCCAACCCGCUGAUCCGGGCGCUGGCCGUGCGCACCAUGGGCUGCAUCCGCGUGGACAAGAUCACCGAGUACCUGUGCGAGCCGCUGCGCAAGUGCCUGAAGGACGAGGACCCCUACGUGCGCAAGACCGCCGCCGUCUGCGUGGCCAAGCUGCACGACAUCAACGCCCAGCUGGUGGAGGACCAGGGCUUCCUCGACACCCUCAAGGACCUCAUCUCCGACUCCAACCCCAUGGUAGUGGCCAAUGCGGUCGCAGCGCUCUCGGAAAUAGCAGAGUCUCACCCCAGCAGUAACCUCCUGGACCUCAACCCUCAGUCCAUCAACAAGCUGCUCACAGCCUUGAAUGAGUGCACUGAGUGGGGCCAGAUCUUCAUCCUGGACUGCCUGGCAAACUACAUGCCCAAGGAUGACCGGGAAGCCCAGAGCAUCUGCGAGCGGGUGACGCCCAGGCUGUCCCACGCCAACUCAGCAGUGGUGCUGUCUGCAGUGAAGGUGCUGAUGAAGUUCAUGGAGAUGCUGUCAAAGGACCUGGAUUAUUAUGGGACACUGCUGAAGAAGCUGGCCCCACCCCUGGUCACCCUGCUCUCCGCAGAGCCCGAGCUGCAGUACGUGGCCCUCCGCAACAUCAACCUCAUCGUGCAGAAGAGGCCAGAGAUCCUGAAGCACGAGAUGAAGGUCUUCUUUGUCAAGUACAACGACCCCAUCUACGUCAAGCUGGAGAAGCUGGACAUCAUGAUCCGCCUGGCCUCCCAGGCCAACAUUGCUCAGGUUCUGGCAGAGCUGAAGGAAUAUGCCACCGAGGUGGAUGUGGACUUUGUGAGGAAGGCAGUGAGGGCCAUCGGCCGCUGUGCCAUCAAGGUGGAGCAAUCAGCUGAGCGCUGUGUCAGCACCCUGCUGGACCUCAUCCAGACCAAGGUCAACUACGUGGUGCAGGAGGCCAUCGUGGUCAUCAAGGACAUCUUCCGCAAGUACCCCAACAAGUAUGAGAGUGUCAUUGCCACCCUGUGUGAGAACCUGGACUCCCUGGACGAGCCUGAGGCGCGGGCAGCCAUGAUCUGGAUCGUGGGCGAGUACGCGGAGCGCAUCGACAACGCCGACGAGCUGCUGGAGAGCUUCCUGGAGGGCUUCCACGAUGAGAGCACCCAGGUUCAGCUGCAGCUGCUGACAGCCAUUGUGAAGCUGUUCCUGAAGAAGCCCACUGAGACCCAGGAGCUGGUGCAGCAGGUGCUGAGCCUGGCCACACAGGACUCCGACAACCCCGACCUGCGGGACCGCGGCUACAUCUACUGGCGCCUGCUCUCCACCGACCCGGUGGCCGCCAAGGAGGUGGUGCUGGCCGAGAAGCCUCUGAUCUCGGAGGAGACAGACCUGAUCGAGCCCACGCUGCUGGAGGAGCUCAUCUGCUACAUCGGCACCCUGGCCUCCGUCUACCACAAGCCCCCCAGCGCCUUCGUGGAGGGCAGCAGGGGGGUGGUGCACAAGAGCCUGCCCCCCCGCACCGGCUCCAUGGAGAGCGCCGAGAGCCCCGAGGCCGCCCCCUCGGGGGCGCCGGCCGCCGAGCAGCCAGCUGUCAUCCCCAGCCAGGGGGACCUGCUGGGGGACCUGCUCAACCUGGACCUGGGCCCCCCGGCCAGCGGCCCCCCCGUCGCCGCCUCCCCCGUCCAGAUGGGGGCCGUGGACCUCCUCGGGGGCGGCCUGGAGAGCCUGAUGGGCGACGAGUCUGAAGGGCUGCGAAGCGAGGUGGGAGGCAGCCCUUCUAUAGGUGGAGGCAGUGGUGGCACCUUUGCACCAGCACCCAUCACCAGCAUGCCUGCCAACCUCGGGGCGCCCCUUGGCAGUGGCCUGGGAGACCUCUUCGACCUCACCGGUGGGGUGGGGACCCUCUCAGGAUCCUAUGUGGCCCCCAAAACGGUCUGGCUCCCUGCCAUGAAAGCCAAGGGGCUGGAGAUCUCUGGCACCUUCAGCAGGCAGGUGGGCUCCAUCUCCAUGGACCUGGUGCUGACAAACAAGGCCCUGCAGGUCAUGUCUGACUUUGCCAUCCAGUUCAAUCGCAACAGCUUUGGGCUAGCUCCAGCAGCUCCUCUCCAGGUCCAUGCACCCCUCGCCCCCAACCAGUCUGUGGAGAUCUCCCUCCCACUGAACACUGUUGGCUCUGUCAUGAAGAUGGAUCCUCUGAACAACCUCCAGGUUGCAGUGAAGAACAACAUUGAUGUCUUCUACUUCAGCACCCUGUACCCCCUGCACAUCCUCUUCGUGGAGGAUGGGAAGAUGGAGCGGCAGAUGUUCCUGGCCACCUGGAAGGACAUCCCCAACGAGAACGAGGCCCAGUUCCAGAUCAAAGACUGUGCCCUCAGUGCAGAUGCUGUCAGCAGCAAGCUCCAGGGCAGCAACAUCUUCACCAUCGCCAAGAGGAACGUGGAGGGCCAGGACAUGCUCUACCAGUCCCUGAAGCUCACCAACGGCAUCUGGGUGCUGGCAGAGCUCAGGAUCCAGCCCAGCAAUCCCAGUUUCACGCUGUCCCUGAAAUGCCGAGCGCCAGAGGUGUCCCAGUACGUCUACCAAGCCUAUGACACCAUCCUGAAGAACUGAGGGGCAGCUGCAGCCCCUCCUGCUCCUCCUCCCGUCCCGUUCCCGCCCGCGGGGUGGGGCAGGACCCGUCUGCAUGUCUCCCUUCUCCUCCCUGCCGAUUCCAGACCGGCC